AUGAACGCCCCAAGCUCGAGCCCGCCCCCAUACUCACUCAACCCGCCAGAGGUGCACCCGCCCCCACCCAGCGCGCGGCCGGCGAAGCGCGUCGCGUCCUCGCCCCAGAUCCAUCCCCCCGGCCCCGCGUACGGCGACGGCGACGGAGGCGCAGGGCGCGCGCGACCGCCGCCCCCGCCGCACACGCGCUCGCAGUCGAGCACGCACACCGUCCACGCGACGUCGGACGAGGACGAGUCCGGGGCGGAGACGGACGAGGGCGUCGUGUUCCGCGCCGCGGCGACCGGCCUCAGCCUCGCGGACACGCUCCGGCACCGGCUGCUCGGCAAGGGCAAGGCCCGCGCGCACGACGAGCGGUGGGCGCGGCCGAUCACGACCGCCCCGGGCGCGCUCUGCGCGGGGGAGACGGAGACGGAGGGCGAGGACUCGCCGAGGAACCUGCCCACCGCGCGCAUAACACACUCGAGCUUAUCGCACGAGCUCGCCCUGCCCGCGUCGACCGCCUGGCUCGUCCCGAUCCUCUUCCAGCUCUUCCGCCUGCUCGCCGUCGUCCCCGCGUGCGUCGGCACGCUCUGGAACCUCUACUUCGUCUUCCGCCCGCCAGACGGGCGCGUGGAGAUGCGGGUCGACCACGCCGUCGCCGUGCUCUGGUCGAUCUUGACCGGCUGGCAGUGCCUGCAGAUCACCAGCGGGCUGCUGAAGCGGUGGCGGGUGUACUACUCGCCGUUCGCCACGCUCGUCCGCCUCCUGGGUCUUCAAGCCAUCUGCUGGCCCGCGACCCACCUGACGCUCACCGUGCUCGACCACGAGCUCCGGCCGCUCAUCUGCUGGGCCGCGAUCGGCACCACCACCUGCUGCUCGCGCGCGGUCCAGCUCUGGGUGACGUCGAACAUCGUCCCGAUCCCGAGCUACCCUCCUCCUCCCGCCUCCGCCGCCGCCACGCACCCGCCCGCCUCGGCGGAGGAGGAGCUGAUGCGGAGGGGGAAGAGGCGGGUGUGGGACUGGGCGCAGGUGCUCACGCGGUGCGCGCUCCCGGCGGGCGUCGUGUACUUUGCGAUGGCGUGGGCGCUGGCGGUCCGUGCGGACGUGCUUGGGUGUUGA